GCCCAUUAACCUUCGUGACUGAUCCACAUUUGAUGGGCCGCGGGUGUUUUUUGCAGCCGUACAGCCCCGCAAAGGUGUUGAUAGAUCGUUCACUCCUAGCGCGCAACCCUGCGGCGGUAGCGUCGGCACUAGCGCGCGCCCUUUAACACUGGGGCGGUCAGCUGUGUUCUGUGUGUUUGUAUCGUCCGGGUGCGCAGAGGGGCCCAUCACCACCAGCAGCAGCCCCAAUCACUCACCGAGCGAGCGGGUGCUGACUAAUCACACUAUUCGUCGCUACUUUACUCAUCGUCGUUAGAUGCGCAGACGUUAACAUUACGGUUUACGGUCGCGUAGCGUCGUUGCAGGCUAUGAGUAGCUGUUAUGCGAACGAGUCUCCAACAUCUCGUCCCCCUGGAACAUAUUACCCUUUCGAUGCAAUGGAAAUAACGCCAUCAUCGUCGACUUCACAGUCUUCACCCAUACUCGAAGACGUUCCCGCCAUCACGGCUGUUCCCAUACCCAAACCGAGGACAAUUAAACCGGCACCGGCACCAUCAUCGACCCCGCCAACCGUUCAAUGCUCCAAACCAGUACCUCCGAAACGAAAACCACUAGCUUCAUCGUUUGUAAAUGUACGAAAUUCGCCAUGUGAUCGAGAUCCGGUCGAUGUAAUUCUCGACGUGAAUAACAGCCUUUGGAGAAAUAUUCGAAUUGAAGAUAUGGAUGCGGCCGUACUGGUGGAUGCUAAUCCAUCAACACCACAGAAAACGCGGCCAAAUGAGGAGAACGUUCGGCGAAAAGAGAAAUCCGGCUAUGAAAACGACAUCGAGAACGACACUAUAAACGUUCACAUGGAGGAUAUCACUUCGGACGAAUCAAGUUCACAUCCAGCUGCCUACGCCUCUGCUGGCUACGAAUCCGACGGAACGAUUUCGAAUUUUGAUGAAAAUAUGAUGAUAAAGGGUCCGGAAUGGGUCGUACCUCAAGAGUACUCGAGCAGUCCGAUUGUAAAGGAGCUGGCUGAAUCCUGUGAUCAGCGCCCUCGACCUCCGUCACUAUCGAAUUAUGCUGGAACGCUUACAAUGGCUUCGACAUCACUAAGGUCAACGCCACGACCGGAGAAAAAAGUCUCGUUACUCGAACAAAUUGUCCGCAGUCAUCCGAUAUGGUAUUUGCAACAUAUUGGUCGACCAACUGCUACACAUCUAUUGAGAAGAAUGGAACCGGGGAAUUUCAUCGUUCGCGCUUCGUCGAAGCCUGGUUGUAUGGCCAUAUCAGUACGAUUGACUGAUGAGCAUGAUAUGCAUACUGAUCAUUAUAUAGUGGAAUAUGGAGCUAGAGGAAGCAUGAUUCGUCUCGAAAGCAGCCCUUAUUCGUUUCGAUCGUUGCCGCUACUCAUUGAACACUACUGUUUGCAUCCAGAAGAACUACAAGUACGCUUACGACUACCUCACGCAGUAUUGGCAUGUCAUACAACAAAAGAAUUGCAGUCAGUGGCCUUAAUGGGACAAGAUUUCUGGACUAGCGAAGCCGCACUAGCAAGGCCGUUGUCGCGUGCCCCACAAAUGAGCACGCAGUCGACGUCGUUCAUGAAUCUCGACGAAUGUCUACCCAAGGUCAAACCAUCAAUGCAACCCCCUCCAUCUUACGGCGUGACUGUAGAUGUGGUCGGUAAGACGCAUUCGAAAAAACGACCGUCAUCUCGAGGUGUGGAUUUUGCGGGAGUUGUAGCGACCUGUGCAAAUACAGAAGUUCUUGCUGAAAUUAGCGAUAUGCAAAGUGAUACGAGCAAUUCACCACCGAUGAAGCAUGAUCGAACGGACGCUUCGCCAGCCAUUUCUGAUCAUAUUUCGCGAUCGGAACGACGAACUCAAUCUGUUCGUACAAAAAGCGUAAAUCCUCCACCUGUCAGCGGCUCUUCAUCGGCUGGACGCAAAUCUUUCCUCAAAACACUAUUCUUUGGCGGUUCAAACUCAUCACAAAAUCGUCGAACGCCGAUCAACCAACUGGCACAGUGUCAAUAUUUUGUUCCACUCGAAAAGGAACAGAUACGCGGUUCCAAAUCAGCGUUCGAGAUCGGUUCACCGCAACGAAAGCCAAAAGCGAACGAUUGGUUGCGAAAACACGAUCAAGCAAUGACCACUUUCAAGCCCUGCUAUGAUGAAGUCUUGAUGUCGGCUCGAGUCUGUCCACUCCCGAUGCGUCGAGAACGAAGUGACCUUUGUGCAUCGUCGGUCAUGCGCCUAGCAAAGCACACCGAACGUAGUCCAGGUCCCACCUGUACGAUGAGCACGGCGUUAAGAACCACUCAAGAUCCACCGAAGCCGCGUCAACCACUUCGACCACCGGACACGGCACGAGAUCCAAUGCUUAUCAAUAAUUGUAUCGAUGAAUUGCGGAGAAGGAGAUUGCAAUCCACUACAGAAAUGCUAGCUGGGAGCGAUUCGCAUAGUCCUUCAUCUAGUCCACAUGUAUCGAUGAGAAAUCACCACCUGGCGUCAAACCACCGAGAUGAUUUCGAAGCGAACGACUCAAAGAGCCGACACUCUCGACGUGAUCAUCGAAUGUCCGUACCAAAUCUUUCACCAGAACCAUCAAGUGCCGUUGUACAAUCGGCAAAAGCCCUCAGGGAAAAACUUGGCAGAAAUGGAGACGGGGAACUGUCGACAAUAAAUGAAGGAUUGAUAACACCCGUUAUCCGUCGGAAACAAUUCAAUCAACCCACAGCAUUGACUUGUAAUGUGAAUCGAGAAAAUACGUCCGCACAAGGCUCAGGACAUCCUAUACAUACCAUAGGAAACCAAAAAGAUGGGAAUUCGAUAGUCAGUCGUGGACGAGAAGCAUUGGAGGCUCUAUUCGUUCAACAGCAAAAAAAUCCUCCACUUGGGACCGCAGGACUUGGGAGGAGAUUCAACAGUGAACGUGUACGAAGUGGACGGGAAAGCGAACUCGCUUGGCGACGAGCGAAUCACUGUAGCAGCCCCGAGAAGAAGCAGCCUAGUGGUGGUAUCGCUGCGGCGCCAUCGCCAUCAUCGAAACGUGAUUCACGUUUCUUUCCAAAUCAACCGAGUUCAAGCUGGUCGGCUAUAAAUUCUGAGCUAAAGAGCAAGCAAAGAAUUGCGAAGGUACGUCCCACACUCCAGACUCGUCUGGCAGCUAAAAUGACGGCUGAUGGAAUGAAUGGAGGCAGCAUGUCGAAAAACUCCGAAUACGCUCAAUUAAGCGACUUUAGCAGUUUGGAUUCGUGCAAGCCAGAUUUCAAGCAGCGAGACGAAGAUAAUGUGAGCGUAGCUGGGACGGUAUUCAAUGAGCCAUGGGAUUCGAAUGUAUGGGAGAAUUUAUUGGAUUUGGCAAGUCAUGGCGAUGAGGGCAUAGAACCGGGAGUUAGACAAAUGUCUGAAACAAUCCACGAGGAAGAUUCUGAUUCGGAUCGAACUCCGGGAGGUUCUACCCGAAUGCAUGAAUCCGAUGAUGAACUCGAUGAAGAAAUGUGGAUGUCUAUGACAGCAUCAGCUCGAAGAACGUUACCAUCGGAUCGGGUUACAUGCAAAGCCUGGGAAAAUGACGAUGUGGCAAGCAGCUACGGUACCGUGGACAGUUUUCCUGAUCACUCUGUUUCGGGGACGUUACGGAAAGAUCGUGCUCGAACUCCGCCGCAUUCUAUGCAAUCGCUACCAAGAGCGAUCUCCCGAUUUUCACAACAAGUUGGCUCAUUAGACGAUUUACCUCUUUCCCUCCCGGCAUUAUCGCCUAACCUAAACUCAGAACGAAAAACAAGCCAGUCUGACUCCAGUGCUGCACUUCAGAGCUAUGUGGAGAGGCUUGCCGAAGAUGAAAGCACCGUUUUUGGCGCUACACUAAAGCGGUUUAUUGAAUGUACCGUUCAAAGUGAAGAAGCUGAUCCUAGUGUGGUUGUGAGAAAUGUGAGGCAAUUCAUAAAUGGAAUCAAGAAUUAUCUGGUCAAACAUGGUGAAGGCGAUUUACACGCCCUCAUUGACCAAGAGAGUGCGCAUCUCAAUGCAAACCAGAUUCUCAACAUCGACGCUAUAUUGGAAGCUGUACUGCAUAAGUUGUUAUUGAAGCGAGUCAAACCUCAUCUCUACCAUGUGAUGGUCAAGGAAAACUCAAGAGCCGGUGGAUUACAAGCACUUUCUGCGAAUAUUGCCUAUGUGCGAUCGUUAUCGUUGAAUGAUCUGGGAUUUUCUAACGCAGAUCAGCUGUCUACGCCGCCAGCUUCUGUCAUGGAACAAAUCAAAAUUUGUUUACGGAAGAUGCAACAUCAUUAUUCCCCAUUGAAAAAGCUGGAAAACUUGCUUAGAGCCAUUAGCAUCGUGAUGACAUUGCAACCGAAUGACGACAAACGCUCAGAAAAAACUAUGGCGGCUGAUGACCUGGUACGAUGGCUAGUCUACAUUUUGGCCAGAACAUCGACUGUAGGCUGUGAAGUUGAAGCUUGGUAUAUGUGGGAAUUGUUACCGCAACAGAUGAUUACCAAGGGUGAUGCAGCUUACUACUUAACGGCCCUGUUUUGUGCAAUUCACAUUCUGAAGAGCCGAGAUGCCAUAAAGAAACUUGCUGAAAAAGAUGAAGACAUGAUGAGUAGCAUGAUGUCAUCGCCAUCGUCUUCUGCUUCAGAUGCGUUUGUGAAAGUUGCUAUACCAGACGAGGUUGCUGGAUGUAUCAGAUAUGCGACAUUUCCCGGUGUCCCGCAAAUGACUACAGGAAAAUUAUGUCGCGUCAUUGCUCAUCAGCAAGGAAUCACAAAUCCGGAAGAUCAUGGCCUGUAUCUGAUCGUGAACGGCUUCGAGUCAUGCCUGCUACCCCAUGAGUGCCCAGAUGCGAUCCGUGACAAUCUUCGAGGAACCGGCAAACCUCAUCUUUUCGCCUACAAACGUCACGAUGCUAAAAUUGGCUGGCCCCGACAACCUUUUGCCCGUCAACGCGCCAAGGCGAGGAGAGGUCCAGCGGCGGUUGCGACGAACGAGCGCUCGCAUCGCGGAGCCGCCACAAUCGGAGUCAAAUGCCCCAUCGGCUCUGGUCCAUACCUUCGAUAG